AUGAGGCGACCGCGCGGCGGCGCUUCUUCCUCGGCCGGGCCCGGCUCCCUCUCCCCGUCGCCGCUGCUGCUGCUCGUGCUGCUGGCCUGCGGCCCCGGCCGGUCGAAGGAGGCCGAGGCGGGCGCUGUCACCUGCGGCUCGGUGCUGAAGCUGCUCAACACGCGGCACAACGUCCGGCUGCACUCGCACGAGGUCAAGUACGGAUCCGGUAGUGGUCAACAGUCAGUGACCGGAGUCGAAGGAUCAGAUGAUGCGAACAGCUAUUGGCGGAUCAGGGGCAAAAUUGAUGGAUCCUGCCAACGAGGAGUACCAGUAAAAUGUGGGCAGGCAGUCCGACUUACUCAUGUCAACACAGGGAAGAAUCUGCACACCCACCACUUCCCAUCACCUCUCUCCAACAACCAGGAAGUAAGUGCCUUUGGUGACGACGGUGAAGGGGACGAUUUAGACGUGUGGAUGGUGCAGUGCGGCGGAACCUACUGGGAGCGAGACGAGGCGGUGCGCUUCAAGCACGUGGGGACUGAUGUGUUCCUUUCCGUGACGGGGGAACAAUACGGGCACCCUAUCAGGGGCCAGCGGGAAGUUCACGGGAUGCAUUCCGCUAAUCAGCACAACUACUGGAAAGCCACGGAAGGGGUUUUCAUUAAACCCAGUUCGGACUCCACGAAGCAUGACGAACAUGAGGAACUCUGAAUACGUGAAGGGGGCCCCCGGGGAGCGCGCAUAAAUUCCCCUGCCACAAAGCUCAGCGUCUUGAAGGCGUGGAGACCCCUUUGGAGGACAGGGUCUCAGGCUUAAUUCCGAAUGAUCUAAAUCCAACCGGUUCCUCUUCUGUAGCCACUUCCUCUCCCUGUCUCCUUCGUUUGCCGCCGCCCCUCUCCCCUUUUUUUCUCCCCCCCUGAAGGAAAAGUGAUUUGUUGUGUAUAUUCUUAAUUCCGAGGUGCAAUAAAACGUAACUUUUAUAAA